GAUCGUACAAUUUUGUGCAACCGGUGCAGAGUUUUAGAAUUAAAUCAAGCUAACUGGGAUUCAGUAAUGAGUCUUAAUAUCCGCGAUUUAAAAUGGUUUAUGCAACGUCGUAAUAUAUCCUCUGUUGGUCUGAUUGAGAAAGAGCAAUUUGUAGAAGCAGUGCUUACAAGUUUAGGCAUUACCCCUCGCAGAAGAAAUGCUGGUGAAUAUGUGUCUUCAGAUUCAACAAAACGCAAAGUUAGACUUGAAGACUUGAUGUCAGAAGAAUCCAUUGAAAACCUCUCCGUUCGUCAAAUCAAAGAUCUUUUGGUUUGUAAUUUCGUCGACUUCACACAUUGUGUAGAAAAAGCUGAACUCAUUUCCAGAGCAAAACAGUUAUGGCGCAAUAACAAACAGCAACAAGCAUCAACAUUUGAAGCUCAAGAAAAACCAGAAUUCGGAAACUGUCAGAAUGUUGGAACAUCAAGUGAAAAAUCCCCACCUGAUAAAUGUCCAGUUGAUUUGAAUGAUGAAUGUGGGAUUUGUAUGGAAGCUCCAAUUAACUGUGUAUUUCUGGAAUGCGGUCAUUUAUUUUCGUGUGUUGAUUGCGGAAGAAAGCUGACUGAAUGCCCAAUAUGUAGGCAAAGAAUUGUCCGCAUUGUACGUACAUUCCGUGUCUAACAUUUUCAAACGAACCAUACUGUAAUAUAAUUAGUUGUAUGUACAACCUUUGGUGUGAACUUUAUAUCAAUUGUUUGUUUAGAAUUCAGUGAUAAAACAUUCAUAACCCA